CCACAUGUUGAACUAUUGUGUGGUUGUGAACAAACGGUGCAUGUUAUUAUCUUAACCAGAUAGAGCUUUGAUGAAACAAAUGUUUCGUAUCAGAACUAUAACACCCUGUUUCUCUGUAAAACCUUAAAUGGCAUCUUCCUAUCUCCACACAACUCAUUUCCAAUCUAUCCAAAUUUGCAAGCCAUCAUCAUGUCUGCCUCCACACUCCAAUACUCAGACCACAUCAAUUCCAUUUCCUACUACUCAUUAUCUAUACAAACACUGCAACAGCUCCCACAUCCCCCUUAGUUCCAUUGUUCCCCUCAAAGCAACAUCCACUUCCAUCCAUUCCUCACUUUCUUCCCCUAAGCCACCUAUCACAAAGGAGGAUGCCAUACUUCAGGCCAAAACAUCCCUUUCAGCAACCUUAGAGAAACCUCUAAACAAUCCCAAACUGAUAGGCAAGUUCAAGAAACUAAGACAACCCAAGUUCAGGGUUGAAAUUCCAGUCAUUGAUGACUCACCAGAUUCACUGUCCCAACUUGCUCUUGAUUUUUUUGGGGACAUGCCCAUCAAAAGAAAAGGUUCUCCCAUCAAGAUCUUAAUGUUGUGGCCUGAUGCUAGCUUGAAAGAAUCUGCCACUAUUGCCUUUCAGUCUCACUCAACUUUUGAACACAUUGACAUUCCCUCAGUGGCCAAAACAGACCCCAGAAUCUUGAAUUCUGCAGAUGUGGCAAUAUUUUUGGCGCCUGAGAGUUCCCAAUUGGCACCCAUAAGAAGAGUGAGUGAUGCCUUUUAUCCAAAGCCAGUGGUUUUGUUUAAUCCAAAAUGGGCAUUUGAGGAAGAGAGCAACCUUGGUGAUCUGAGUGGCUUUGUGGAUUCUUUUGAAGUGGUUUAUUCUUUUAUAGGGUUGGAGGUGAGAGGGAUCUUGAGCAAAAGAAAAGGGGUGAUUUUUAAGUGUGUCAGAGAUGGGGUUGUGAGUGGAGAGAGAUGGAAUGUUUUUGUAGAAGAAGGACAAGAAUUGAAGGUGGUUUCAUCAUUCAAGGUCAGGCCAACUAUAGUUGAAGUUGAGAAUGUAUUGUACAAUCUGAUGGCUAUCAAUUCUCCCAUAACCAAGUCUGCAAAGUUCAUCCAGGGAUUGGUAUCCAAUGUGACAGGGAGAAAGUAAGUGGAGCUGAAGCAUUGGUCUUCAUGAUCUCUAUUCACAUGAAUUGUAGGUAGAACAUGUUUGUGAGUAUGUCUCAGUGAUUAUAGGUGCACUACUAUGACCAUUGUAUGAAGCAAACAUAUAGUAGCACUAACCAAUUUUGAAUGAGAAUUCGGAUUACUUUCGAGGACUAAGCCUUAAGUUAUUGAUAGUCUGCGUACAGUAUACUUAUGGAACCUUUAAUGUCAUAUAAUUGCAAGAUACCACUGUCUGAUUAUGAAUUACAUGAUAAGAAGCUUUGCUUUUUUCUUAA